UCUAUCAUUUAAAAAUAAUCUUAAUUUAAUAACUUAAAUAUCUCUCUCCAACGCAUUAGUUUGAGUGUUUUGAAUGUUUAAAGUCUAAAACGUAGAAACCUUGUGUAGAAGUUUAUGGGUGCGGAAAUGGCAAGAGCAACGGCCCUGCUGCGCGCAGCAAGCAAAGCCAUUAGAGAUUCGUAUUUACUCAAAGCUCUGCAAUCAGAAAUCAACCAUGAACUUUCUUCCCCCAGACCUUCCCAGAAUGAUGAACACAGCAGCUCGGGAGAUUUCGCAAUUGAAUGGGAUUCACCGAAUUCGCAAGACGUUCUUUUGCGAAGGAGAUUUGAGUCUGGUGAGGAAGUUGCUCUUUCAGCUAUGUUAAGUGCUGAUACUGUUUGUAUGGAAGAUGAAUAUGUUAUGUAUCCCAGAGAGGCUUUGGUUAAAGUAUGCUUAAAGAAGCCUGGGUUGAGUUCCAUCCUGCAGUUUGAUUGUCGAGCAAUCAGGGAUCGCGAUGGGGAAUUGAACUUUCAAAUUGAUAAUGCGCAUUACCUCAAAUCAGCAUCUUCCCCAGAUUCUUCAGCUUACAGAGGUCCUUCUUUCAGUUCUUUGGACCCUCGACUGCAAACCGAGUUCCUCCAGUACCUACAAGCUAAGGGAAUUGAUAAAAAGUUUUUGAGCUUUUUAGUAGUCCAUCUUCACAACAAGGAACAAGGUCAGUAUGUCAACUGGUUGCACAGGAUGAAAGAUAUGGUUGUCAGUGGCACACCAAAAUGAAUGUAAUGGUAGACUUGGGAUUUCAGCCACACUUUGCGCCUUAAUUAAUUUCAUGUACCUUU